CCAUGGCUGAAGUGGAGGAAACCCUAAAGAGGAUUGAAUCCCACAAAGGUAUUAUCGCGACUAUUGUGAUAAACGCCGAAGGAAUUCCAAUUAGAACAACUUUUGAUAACUCUACAGCAGUGCAGUAUGCAGCUCUUCUUCAGCAGCUCGUCAUGAAAGCUAGGAGCACAGUACGAGAUAUUGACCCUGAGAAUGAUCUAACCUUUCUUAGGAUCAGAUCAAAGAAACAUGAAAUUAUGGUAGCUCCAGAUAAUGGUUAUCUCCUGGUCGUUGUUCAGAACCCAUGUGAAUAGUCCUACUACGGCAAUACUUUCAGAGACGAUGUAGUUCUACAUGUUAAACUGCUACUACUUGUUGAUAUUUAGUGUCAAACAUAGCACUAACUAAUUUACAUGAAGUGUAACUGUCAUGUCUGAAACGUGGACAAUUUAAAGCUCCCAGCUGUAGCUAUGUCAGUUUGUGUUGGAGCAAAUCAUUAUGCAUCUACCAAGAUAUUGUAUGUUUAUCUUGAUACUCAGGAGAGCAAUAAUAAAGCAAAAUGCUGAAAACUCUCUUAA